AUGGAAGCAUUGAAACAAUCUAAUAUAGAAUUAGUGAGGUUAUUAACCGACAAUCCAAGUAAAGCUGCAGUGAUCCAUGGUAGUAGUGCUGCAAUUCCUGUAGCUAUUGCAGACACGAUUAAACCCACUGAUACAUAUGCAAAUAAAUUGAGUUCCGCAACGCAAGCCAAAGUAAUGAUUAAACCAAAAGUUGCGCAGAAAGCUUUCCAAACACAAGAAGACCUGUUGCGGAAUGUAGAUUUAUUGAAUGAAAAUAUCUCUGUCACAAAUUCCAAAAAAGCUAAGGAUGGAGCUAUCAUCGUAGGAUGUAAUAAUAUUGAAAAUUCAAAAAAACUAAAACAACUUGCAGCAGAUAAACUAUCGAAUGAUUACGAUGUUUUUGUUCUUAGAUCAGAACACCCUCGUGUUAGAAUCGUCGGAAUUCCUUCUUGUCUAAAUAAGGAGUCUUUUAUGAGUUAUUUAAAAUCCCAAAACUCUGAUUUGUUAGCAGAUGCAACUGAAUAUAGGCUUCUAAAUUUCUGGCCCCUAAAAAAGAACAAAAAAAUACUUCAGGCAACUGUUCAGCUGGAUAUACAUACAUACAAGAAAGUUAUGAAAGCUGGUGGAUUACUUGUAGGCAUAAAUAUUUGCAAAUUGUAUGAUGAUACGACGGUAACACGUUGCUUUAAAUGCAAUGGGUUCAAUCAUACUAAAACUAAGUGCCCUAGACCAGUUAUCUGUCCUUUAUGUGCAGAAGUCUCAAACAUAUGCAUGGGUUUGACAUUAGUGUUGACCAUCCGGCCUGGGACUAUAAGAGUUGUUUUGCGUUUAAAUUUGCCGAAGCUAAACUUCGUAAUGUGGUAUUUGGUGAACCAGUUCGCAUAGAUAUUAGAAAAAUUCCUAAUUUCAAGCCUACAGAUGUUCAAAGUGUCCCAAGUACGAGCUCAGGACUCCAAUCUCAGUCUCCUGGGAACGUGAAUGUCACGCCUUCUGUUCAAGUGUUUAAUCGUUUUGAACCUCUGUCAGAUUUUAAAAGCAAUUUUUUAGAUCGUCCUUAGAUGCGGCCAAUGUAAGUAACAUAACUUCAAAGUCUACUAAAUCACCUACAACCUUUCCCAGCAAUAGCAAAACUUUCUUUGUUUAUUAUCAGAACACUCGCAGCAUUAGAUCACGUGUUAAUGACAUUUACUCCAAUUUAACGUCUAAUGUAUUUGAUAUAAUAUGUAUUACAGAAUCAUGGCUUGAUCCAUCGAUCAAUAACAGUGAAUUUAUUCCGCCAAAUUACAUUGCAUUUCGUUCAGACAGGGACUUCAAUAGAUCCAAUCGUCAAAGCGGCGGGGGAGUUGUUCUGGCUGUUAAUGCUCAGUUCAACGUUAAAUGCCUGGACAUGUCGACAUUUAAGGAUUUUUUUCUGUGUGAUAUCAUAGGUUGUAAGUUAUUUUGUCAAGAAGGUAAUUUACACAUAUUUGUAGUUUA